UUGUUGUGUUGGUGUGCUCCAAAGAUGUCCAUCAUGGAUAUUGUACAUGCAUAACUGUAUGUUUAUCUGAAUGUUACAGAAAGAGUUUCAUCUUGAAAUUGUUCGGAAAGAUGUUUAUCAAUAUCACAUAUGUUGCGGGUAGUUUAUUAUCAUUUUGUAACAUCAAUAGUCAAUAUUUAAAAAAAUUUGAUAUUUAUUUGGUAAUUCAAUUUUUUUUAACUAGUCUAAGGAUUUAUUUUUUUGAACAAUUAAAGUCUAUGGAUUAAUUGAACUAUAGAAAUACAUGUUUAACUUAGGAUUUUUAACGUUAAAAUUCUUCAACUAAGUUUUUUCGGAUAAAAACCCCCGUGAAAAGAAACUACGACUGGGAAUUCUUUAGUUCAGGGGUUUUUGCACGAACUAAGCAUAGUUUAGGAGUUUACCAUUAAAAAACUAAAAAUAUAUUAAGAAAUCCAAAAAUAUUAAAACAUAAUAGCUUAUCUAAAAAUUAGUACUUUAAAUUUUUGAAAUUAGUAUUUUAAAAUGUUAUGCAAAUAGAUGAGUUGAAAAUGUAAAAAAAAAAUAAUUAUCUAAAAAUUGACCGGUAGUAGUGGUUCUUUUGACCGGCACUAGAGAUAAAAUAACUAUCUAGAAAUAUUGAUAACUAACAUUUUCAAAAUUAGCAUUUCAAACAAUUAUGUAAAUCGAUGAGAUAGAUUUAUUUUAAAAUUCAUAUGAAAUUUGGGAGCUAAAACCUGCAAUUAUAUUUAAUAUGAAUAGAAUAAGGUUUAGUCUUACUAGGCGAUAUUCAUUGGUAGUUAUGUGACAAUGAUCCUUCGUUGCCCUAUAUUUUGGGGGCGAAAAAAUGUUGGUGAAGCGAACCACUCUCAAGCAAAGAGGGACCACAUGAAAACUAGCUCGUGUUCUCCUGGGGUCGAUGGAUUCGAUGACAUUUCGAUCACACAAAGGAUUAUCCGAUUAGUGAAGAUUGGAAAAGUACAGCAAAUCUGCUUUGCUACUUUUGUGAUGUAGAAUGUCAAUUGUCUACGCUUUACCACCUGAGUGAAGGCGAAGUCUAUAUGGUUGGCACUGCUGCUUCAGUUAAGGUUAGCUUUAAUUCCGUUCUUUGGGAUUACAGUUUGUUUUAGCUCUAUAAUUUUUAUAUAUUUUCUGGUUUUUUACAUUUUUAAUUUAAACAUAUAUAAUGUUGAUUUUAAAACAAAUUCAAUCUCAUAUAUUUACAGAUUUUUUUUAAAAAUGCUAAUUUAAACAUUUUAUUUACUAAUUUUAGAUAAUUUUAUAUUUUUGAAUAUUUAGGAAUUUUUAGAUUUUUAACCCCUCAAAAUUUACCGGUCAUAUUGGUUUUUUUAACUGUUACUGUAGACAAAAGGUUUAAUUCAUUAACUAAAGUUUAUUUGUGGGUUUGUUUGUUAAAUAUUUAGUUUGAAGGUGUUUAUCCAAAACAAAUUUAAUCGAGGGAGUUUAACAGUAAAUCACAUCCAACAAAACCCGUAAAAGGUUUUGCUUCUGUACAGAAGUCCGUCACAUUUGUAAGAAUAUUUGGGUAUAAAAUAUUCUCUACCUUUCUCGCUGAUUCGUACUUGGUUUUGAGAUCCAGAGUCUAACAAUGGACCCCAAUUUGCUCCCCGAAGUUGAUUCCUUACCCGAUGGAUUCGUCGACACCGAGGAAGCAAACCGAAUCACAACAAACAAUCCAACAGGUGAUGUCUCGAUCGAGAAAACAAAGAAGCCCAGGACUUUUCCCGUUCCUUUGUGUGAAGAAGAAACAGAUGGUAAUGAAGACGACCUAAGUAAGGUCUCGAGCUUAGAGCAGAAAGAACCAUCUCAAACAUCGUCAUUACAAGGGUCCUCUCAGAAUUCAAACAAGGAAACAGAAUCUACUCAGAGUAUCGAACUCAGAAAACAAGAGGCAGUUGAGACAGAGCGUAAGACUUCAAAGAACAUGUUCAAAUCCGAACAAGAUUUUCUCGAAUUAAUGCUCAAGUAUCAGCAAGUCGUUUCUGAAAGAGAUUCUGCUAUUACUGUCCGUGACAAGCUUGAGUCACUUUGUAGAGAGUUACAACGUCAAAACAAAAUGUUGAUGGAAGAAAGCAAGCGGGUUUCGACUGAGGGACAGAGUUUAAGAUCAGAUCUGUCCACAAAGUUCCAGGAAGCUAUAAAGGAUGUGAGCAUUAAGUUGGACGCGCAAAGGGAUGAAAGCCUCUCACAACUAAAAGAAAAUGAAAUGUUGAGGACGAAGUUGAAGCACCUGGCUGAUCAAUAUAUGCUUUCAGAACAACAACAUGAGCAAAGAAUGAAGCAGAAAACACUCGAGCUACAGAUUUCUGAAUUAAAAAUCAAACAACACGAGGAGAAAGUAAUUCAUGAACAAUCUCAGUUGAAAGUAUAUGCAGAUCUAGUUUCUCAGCUUUUAACAACUGAGAAAAACUUGCGGGUGCAGCUAACAUCUGAUGGAGAGAAGUUCCAGCAGUUCCAGGAUGCAUUGGUGAAGAGCAACGAGGUGUUCGAAACAUUCAAACAAGAAAUCGACAAGAUGUCAAAAGCAAUCAAAGAACUGAGGAAAGAAAACGCAUUCUUGAAAAGCAAAACGGAGAGAUCAGAUUUUACUCUCGUAGAACUAGUUGAAGAGCGUGAGAGAUUGAAGAAGCUUUUGGAGAAGACAAAGAACCAGAAAGAUAAGCUUGAGUCGCUUUGCAGAUUCCUUCAAGCACAAGCAGAAAGAAAGCAAAAACAGUCUUAACAGUAGCCAUUCUGCAGCUGCUCAAGCUUGAAAGCACAGAGAGAUUGUGAUUUAAACUAAGAUUUUUUUUUUUUUUGUGGGAGUUUAAACUAAUUUAGCAAUUUGAUCAAAAACUACAAUUCACUCAAUUAGGACUUUUUGAAAACUCUCUCAGGCACAUCGCCCAAUAUACAGCUACCUACCUUUUAGACAUUUAUUAAGAGCAUCUCUAAUGUAAAAUUCUAAUAUAUAAUAAUUUCAUAA